AUGGGCGACUCUCCAGAAUCAAAAACAAUCACACUCCCCACAGCGUUAAUCACAGGAUGUAGCGACGGCGGAAUCGGCUCUUCGCUCGCCAAAGCGUUCCAUGCACGCGGCGUCCACGUCUUCGCGACCACGCGCAAGCUGUCCAAAAUGACCGGCCUCGAGGGCCUGCCGAACGUGACGCGGCUGGAGCUCGACGUGGAGUCUCCGUCCAGUGUAGCCGCCGCAAAGGAGACGGUCAUCGCCGCAACCAGCGGCGACGGCCGCUUGAAUUACCUAGUCAACAACUCCGGGGUGAAUCUUAACUUUCCGGCCGUCGAGACAGAUAUCAAGGAGGCGAAGAAGGUCUUUGAUGUCAAUUUUUGGGGCGUCGUCUCCGUCACCAAUACGUUUUUGCCGCUACUUAUUGCCUCCAACGGGAUGAUCAUCAAUAACGUGUCUCUUGCGGGCGCUUUGUAUGCGCCAUGGGGUUCAUUCUACGCUGCUUCGAAGGCGGCCCUGCGCACAUAUAGCGAAACUCUCCGUCUCGAGCUGGCCCCGUUGGGCGUCAAGGUCAUGACCGUUAUGACUGGUUUGGUGACUUCCCAGAUCUUCGACAACGCCCAACAUAACUACCUGGCUGAGACCUCCCAUUACACACCGGCGGCGGCAGAAAUUGCUUCCCUUUCCAGUGGUCGUACUGUCAAGUCUCACUCGAUGUCCACGGCAGUGUAUGCGCAGAGAGUGGUGGACGAUGCAAUUGGAGGCCGGAGUGGAGAGCGCUGGAGGGGGAACAUGGCGUCCGUGACGUGGUUGUGCACUUGGUUGCUUCCGACCUGGUUGAUUGACAUUGUGCUUGUUUCUACCAGUGGACUGAAGCACAUGGUGAAGUGA